AUGUCGAGUGGAAUAGCAUCAACUGUGAAAAAGCAGGCAGCUCUUGAACGGUUCCUGAAUCGCCUUUUGGAAGAGUACAUCGAAGAGAUCGAGAAAAUGGCCGAGAUUGUCGUUCAGGACGAACGCAUGGACGAAGAGGUGACACCGCUGGAGCUGCGCAUGACAGGUAAUCUGCUCGCACUACCGAUGAAAAAGGUCACCAAAGAAACGGGGUUCUUGGCCGAAGCCAAGGAAUGGAUGGCUGGACGAAUUGCCAAUAACCUACUUGUAUCACGUCUUGGUCCGUCGAUUGACGAAAGCGACAGUGAAGAAGAAGUGGAAGGAGAAGUUCUCGAUGGAGGUGCUAGCCACCCCGUGAAGAUUUCCACAGUGCCGCAGGACCAACUAAGCACAGUCAGCGCCUUAAACUUGUCUCAAGGAUCUUCGCACACUCCAAGACGCCCUGUUAAAUUUGACCGCUUUCCCCGCCAUAGCCGGCCAAUUUUCAACACAGUGAAAACGUUGGAGACGAUCACACCUCACAAAGGCGACUUCCGGUCCAUACUAUUUUCGAAAUUUCUACAAAGCGAACGGCUGAGUAAACUUGUCGAGGAAACCGUACCGCCUGCGAAACGAAUGGUAACAUGCGAGUGUCAAACUGACGAAGAUCCUAAGGCUGUCGUGCAAUGGCAAGACAAAGGUACUCUUUCAUCGGAGCUAUGA